AUGACCUCCCCGCGAGUACAACUGCAACCACCGGCACCGGCGCACACGACCUUGCAGUCGGCAUGGAACCCACUCGCGCCGAACCAACUCGUGCUCGUGCCCACACCCAAGAGUGGUGCGACCCCUACCGCUAGCACUCCGCAGCAACAGCUCCUGUACUAUGCUUCCCAAGGAGCCUCGACCUCGGCUGGGCAGACAGCAUCGUCAUCAGCUUCGUACGGUAGGAACUUCGUCGUCAGCACAUGGACGCUCUUCGCUUCGUUGCAAAAGAUCGCGAGGCAGGAACAACAGAACCAGCUCGCGAUCAGGCGCACCCACAACGGUCGUUUGGCAGCUGAUGAACACGGUCGAUCGAAGGAGACGAUAAAGUACUACAAUCGCAUCUCCAAGCUGUACAGAGGCGCCGUGGUGGACGAGUGGAACACGAUACAGGUAGGGAGGCACAUCGGCUUCGAUCGAGCGCGCGCGUGCAGCGCCACAAGCUCAUGAUCAUGCCACUCUCUUUCUACAGGAAGGAUCCACUUCAACGUCAAUCCAGCCGCACGAACUUGCGCUUUUGCAUUCGACCCUGUCCCUGACCGAGAUCCUCUACCUCCCUCAAGACGGCCACGGUCAAGGCGUCGUCGGUGAAGAGCUACUCGAUUGGCUCAACACCCUCGACCCUAGUCCUUCCAAGGAACAGGGCGAGGCUUUGGCGGAUCUCGCAAGACCUUGGGAGACGGACGACCAGUUUUGGGAUUAUCUCUACAAGUCAGUCCUGUCUCGGCUUUCAGCCAAGCCGAUGAUGAGAACGACGUUCUGAAUUACCUCGGGGUUGCCACCACAGGUCCAUCCUUCGUGCCCACCUCGUUUCGGCGCAAGCUCUACUCAACCUCUUGGCGUCUCACCACCCUUCCGCAUGGGUCCAACGAACGGCGACCCGGGCGGUCGACCUCGUCGCUUCCUUCCCUCGAUCGACCCAACACGAGUCCGAGAUGGGCUUCGAAAACGCUUUCCGCAACUGGAGGGCGAACGCGAUUCGUCUUGCGGCCAAGUUCCGUUCCGGCGUUGAGGAUGACGCCGAAUUGGGUGAGGACGACGAGGAGAGGGAACGGUGGCUACAAGGCUUCGAGGUGGUCUUUGGUCUGCUACAGGGUGAUCAAGAGGUCGUUCUAGACCAGUGCGAGGACUGGAGGGAGCGUCUUUGUACCUGGGGCGUAUGGGUCGAUCCUCUCUUCAAACGAAGCGAGGUCGAUCAAGUCCUAGGAUCGGAAAAGGCGUUCGUCAAAGGCGAGGAGGAAGGUGGGGCAGGGUUCAGGGACGCCGAAGAGGAGGUGCAGUACGCUUUGUUCAAGGGGGAUGUGCCGAGGGCUUUGAAGGUCGUUCAUCGCGUUUCGGGGUGGUUGGCCGCUCAUCUCUCGGACCUAUUGGACAAAGUCGGGGUCGUGCAACCUCCGCCUUUGGAAGGUGCGAGCGAUCCGGAUACGGAACAGACCAGGUUGAGGGAUUGGUUCGUUAUGCGGUACGCGGAGGAACUUUGGGAAGCCGAUGCGGGGCUGUGGAGGGUCGUGGUCGACUACUUUGGGAGUGGGUGUGGGGAGGAAGGGAGGGUCAGAAUGGGAAAAGUUCUCAGAGGGGUCGAUAUUUUCACUGAGCCGGACGAGGGGAAGGAGAUCGAGGGAGAGGGGGAGGGUGGGGACGAGGAAGGGAAUGGGAAGGAGAGACUCGUCGAGGAGGUAUUGGCGACGGCGGCGGAGCACGGUCUGGAAGACGACGUUGUUGAGAUUUGCAAGGUGCGCUCUGGAAAUACGUCUUAUCGAAUAUAGUAUUCCCAAAGCUAACCUCCAUCGCCUCUCCGUUCCCUCAGACCUACUCUGAGCACCUCAUCUCACUCUCCCGCUACGGCGCUGCGCUUGCAUUUUGCAUCCGUUCAGGCGACCUCAAGCGCGUAUCUAGGAUCGCCGAUCGGAUACUGGACGAAUACCUCACGAACGGACAGGAUGCGUUCGUGCGCUGCGUUGAUGAAAUUCCCGUGUCGUUGUUGAGACCUUCGAAGGGACGGAGGGAGGCGUCGAUGCUGGGAGAGGAGAUCACGUCGGAUGAGGAGAUGGAUAACGAGUCGGACCUUGAUACGAUACAUCAGGACGAUUUCGACGAAGAAGAAGAGGAGGACCGGCCUUCUCUCGCCCCCUUUUCAACGCGCCUCGCUUUCCUCGCCCGAUAUCGCGACUUUUUCGCUCUUUACGCAAAGGGGGAGCGAAGACAAGCCGCGAAACUCCUCUGUCUCUUGCUGAGCUCCAACGUCGCUCCCAAACCCAUCUGGGCAGUCCUUUUGGUGGAUUCAAUCGGUCUGUUAUUGGACGAAAAAGAGGACCGACCCUUAGUCGACGUGGAAGAAUGCUACGAGUUGAUGCGCUGCUUGGAAGAGAUCGUCCUUCCCAUACUCGCGGGCGACGGGGGCUUUGAUGAUGUCUAUGGGCAUUUGGACGCUUUGGGCAAGUUGAUGAAUGGUGGGAAAAGGGUUGAGAUGGGGGAACAGAAGAGACGGAAGGAGGUGGUGAGGAUGGGCAUGAAGCAGUUGGACGUGGUCAGGGGGGCUUUGGCGAGGUGUUUGGCUAGGGGUGUAUGUGAGGUUUAG